GUGUGUACGGGACGGUGACGCGGCAGUGGGGCUGGCUCUCCUCUAUGCUCCUCCGCUCUGCCUGCUUCAUAAACGGAUAUGAGAGAGCAGCACCGGAGCGGCAGUCAGCGCUGACCAUGGCGGAAGAGGACGACGCGACGGUUCGGAUUUUACAGAGCCUGCGGGGGAAAAUAUGUGAAGCUAAGAACCUGGGUCCACUCUCGGGUCCAAAUCGACAAAGGGAUCUCUGCACCUUCUGCACCAUAAGUCUGGAUCAGGAGGAGGUGUUUCGCACAAAGGUGUUCGACAAGAGCGGCAGCCCCUUCUAUGGAGAGGACUUCUACUUUGAGAUCCCUCGUCCAUUUCAGUGUUUAUCCUUCUACGUGUAUGCCAAGAGCGUUUUCCAAAGGGACCUCCCUGUUGGCAAGGUGUCUAUCAGGAAGGAUGACCUGUGUAAAUACAGUGGAAAAGAGCACUGGUGCACCCUUCACCCAGUCGAUCCUAACUCAGAAGUCCAGGGAAAGGUUCACUUGGAGAUGCGGCUGAAUGAAGUGAUCACCGAGAACGGAUCAACGGGUCAACACUUAGUGGUCCGGAUAAUCGAGUGCCAGGGUCUGCCUCUGAUCAGCGGGCAGAACUGUGACCCGUACGCCACAGUGUCCCUCGUCGGACCUGCAAGAUCUGACCAAAAGAAGACGAAGGUAAAGAAGAAAACCAGCGACCCUCAUUUUGAAGAGACCUUCUUCUUUGAGGUCACACGGACCAGCAGCUACUCUAAAAAGUCUCAUUUCCAAGUGGAGGAGGAAGACAUCGAAAAACUGGAGAUCAAGGUUGAUUUGUGGAACAAUGAGAAUCUGGCUCAGGAUGUUUUUCUUGGGGAGACGAGGGUCCAUGUGAAGAUCCUGAGAAACGACCACAUCCACAAAGCCUGGUAUCUCCUCCAGCCCAAAGGGAACGGCAGCAAGUCAAAGUCCGAUGAUCUGGGGUCUUUGCGUCUGAAGCUGACCUACAUAGAAGACACGGUGCUGCCAUCUGCCUUCUACACACCGCUCUGCAACCUGCUGCUCAAAUCCCCCGAUGUGAAGCCCAUCUCGGCGUCAGCAGCUCACAUCCUGGGGGACAUCUGCAGAGAGCGCUACGAGGCGGUCCUGCCCACGGUUCGGCUGCUGCUCCACCACAAUCGCUUUGUGCCUUUUGUCUCUGCGGUGGCAGCGCUGGAGCUGGAAAACACUCAGGAGGCUAACACUAUAUUUCGUGGCAACUCACUGGCAACACGCUGCAUCGACGACAUGAUGAAGAUUGUGGGAAAGAAUUACCUGGCUGUUACUCUGAAGCCUGUAAUAGAUGAGAUCUGUGAAUCCAACAAAACAUGUGAGAUAGACCCGGUUAAACUAAAGGAAGGAGACAACGUGGUGGUGAACAAGGAGAACCUUCAGGGUUAUGUGCAGAAGGUUUUCUCCUCCAUCACCCAGUCCAGCUCCAGCUGCCCCCCCCUGAUGUGUGACGUCUUCAGGUCCCUGAGGAACCUGGCCUGCAAACGCUUUCCAGCCGACCCUCAUGUUCAGUACUCGGCCGUCAGCAGCUUUGUGUUCCUGCGGUUCUUCGCCGUCGCCGUUCUUUCCCCUCACUCCUUCCAGCUCCGCUCCCACCACCCUGAUCCUGAGAUCUCCCGCACCCUCACCCUCAUCUCAAAAACUAUCCAGACGCUCGGCAGCUGGGGGAGUCUGUCAAAAAAACUGUCCAGCUUCAAAGAAACCUACAUGUACGACUUCUUCAAAUCAUUCCAAGAAGACAAGUGUAUCGGAAAAGUAAAAAAGUUCCUUGAUGAGAUCUCCACUAACGUCAGCAAAGAGUCCAGCGGGCUGGAGGACGCCGUGGUGCUGAAGGAGGGGGAAGUGCAGAAGCGAACCCAGGGAAGGAAACGCCUUGGAAAGAAAAAUUUUAAGAAGCGAUGGCUCAGACUGACCAACAGAGAGCUCUCCUACCACAAACAUAAAGGGAAAGAGGCCCUCUGCAUCAUCAAUGUGAAAAACAUCCAGGGCGUGGAGAAACUGGAUGAAAGUGCCUUUAACCGCAAAAAUAUGUUUCAGGUGGUGCACUCUGAGAAGCUGCUCUACGUUCAGGCGGGGAACUGUGUGGAGGCCAGCGAGUGGCUGGAGGUGCUGGGCCCGGUCAGCCGCUGCAACGAGGGCCGCCUCUCCACCUUCCAUCCGUCAAACUACACCGGUGGAGCCUGGCAGUGCUGCAGGGGCCCGAGCAGCAAUGCCCCCGGCUGCAAGCCCUGCACCACCACCGUGCUGGCCAACCUGCAGCUGGACAUCGACUGUGACCGUGAGACGGAGAGGAUCUUCUCCCUGCUCUCCGCAAACGAUGCCAAGCUGCAGAACAUGGAGGACGCGUGUGCCAGCAUGGCGGUGUACCAGGGGCCUCAGCGGGAGCAGGAGGAUUACUCCAAGUUCACCAUUCAGGAACCCAAAGAGACCUUUCAGACCCUGAAGCAGCUCCGGAACAUCAUGGAGGAGCUUCAGAGGCAGCACAACAUCCGCAGCGACACGGCGGCGCAGUACGGAAGCCUGGACAACCCCAUCAUAGGGAAAACCUCCUAACCCAGACGCGGCGCUGUGUUCUGAACCAGCCGCACCAGCAGGAGGCGCUGCACCAUGCAGAGCUAAACCGGGUCCUGAAGGAGAUCCUGGAGGUGACCCAGCAGGAGAACCAAACCCCCCCGACCUCCAGACGUCAGCAGUCCACUACAGCAGUGAGCCUACCGAGGGAAACCAGAACGAGCUCCUCUGAAACGAGUGAACCCUGUUGAGUUUCCUCUCCCCCUCCUCUGGUACCUUUUCCUCAUCUUAAUUUAUGUCCUCUUUAAAUCUACAGCUGUGUGAAAGAAGCAUCAUUACAUGGUGUGUGAAUAGGCUGCUAAUUUUCUUUUAUUCACCCACUUUAUUUUAGAUGAUGCUCUCCCAAAUCCCGUACGGUUUUGCUCUCACACCACGUGAUUUUAAUAAUCAUCUUUAUGGAGGGUGGUCCUCUAUUUGUGCCCUUUUUAAUCCUCUCUUAGUGUCCUUCCUCCUCUGAACAAAAGUGUAUAGAUAUUUUCCGAGGACAGCUGAGUAGAGGAAACCGAUCUGCCUUACUUUGAUGGAUGUUUCUUUCACAUGAAAUGCUGAGGGAAUAAUGCAGAAGCACUUUAAAUAUUUGGAGCUCUCCAAAUGGAAACGAUUAGAUACUUGGUAUCAACUCUCCCCAAUUUGAUCAGUUACAUGAUCCGUUUGUCUGUUAAAUCAUUCGUGUACAAUAACAUUUAAAGCUUGUAGAUUUUAAGAUAUUUUUCUUGACCAAAGACGAUUUCAUAGGUUUGACUUGAAGAAAAAAAAAAAAGUAUUUUGAAUACAAAUGUUUUAAAAUGGAGAAAAUGAGAUGUGUGUGUGUGUGUGUGUGUGUGUGUGUGUGUGUGUGUGUGUGUGUGUGUGUGUGUGUGUGUGUGUGUGUGUGUGUGUGUGUGUGUGUGUGUGUGUGUGUGUGUGUGUGU